AUGGCUAUGGCUUUCAAGAUGGCGUUGACAGGCAUGUGGGUGACCGAGGAAUGCAAGAACUCGUUCAUGGAGAUGAAAUGGAAAAAAGUGCAUCGAUACAUAGUUUUCAAGAUCGACGAGGGGUCGGAGGCGCUGAGGGUCGACAAGGUGGGGGGCCCGGCCGAGGGUUACGAUGACAUGGCGGCGGCCCUGCCGGAGGACGACUGCCGCUACGCGGUUUUCGACUUCGAUUUCGUAACAGUCGACAACUGCCGCAAGAGCAAGAUGAUCUUCAUCGCAUGGGCUCCAACAGCUUCAAGAAUUAGGGCAAAAAUGCUCUAUGCAACCUCAAAAGAUGGACUAAGGAGAGCUUUAGACGGCAUACACUAUGAAGUUCAAGCGACUGACCCAACUGAGAUGGGCUUUGACGUCAUCAAGGAUAGAGUCAAAUAA